AUGUCCGACACGGCCGGUCGCAAGUCCAGCCUCGAGGAUUAUGAGCGUGAAGACGAUGGUCGGCCAACGUUCCUGCUGACCUAUCGCGAGGUCAAGCUCCUUGGCAUCACCGGAGUCGGAUUCUUCCUUGAUGCUUACGAUCUUUUCAUUAUCAAUCCCGUCGCCACGAUGCUGCAAUAUCGUCUGUACGAUGGUGCCGCUCUCCCGGCUGGCUUGGAGGGAUUCUUAAAAGCUAGUGCGAACAUAGGCAGUGUUAUUGGACAAUUUGGGUUCGGGUUCUGCGCGGACUAUUUCGGCCGUAAGGCUGUUUACGGCAAAGAACUCAUGCUCAUCAUCUUUGCCACCAUCCUCUGCAUAUCGGACCCAACUGGUGAUCUCUCGCCUUCGGGAUCGCUGCUUUGGCUCACCAUAUUCCGAAUCGUCCUCGGCGUCGGGAUUGGAGGAGACUACCCCAUGUCUGCCUCGGUCGCCACCGAUCGCUCGAACCUCCGCCGGCGAGGCACCAUGCUGGCGUACAUCUUCGCCAACCAAGGAUGGGGUUCACUGAUCGGCAGCGUCAUGGUGCUCAUCGUCCUCGCGUGUUACCAUCAUGUCAUGGAGGACAAGGGCGAGACGAGCAAGGUGGAUGGAGUUUGGCGAAUCCUCGUCGGCUUAUCCCUCGUUCCCGCCGUUGGCACAUUGUACCAACGCUUGACUCUCCCAGAGUCGAAGCGCUUUAAGGCUUCUCGAGCCAACGCCGAACCAGACACGGAUGACAUCGAAGAGCUGAAGAAGGAGACGAAUGCAGCCCAUAGCGUGCAGAGCCCGGGCUCCUCGCCUGCGGCGACUCUGACAUGCCAUUCGCCCACGCCGCCCUCGGAUCAUAUUAAGGAGGAGCCUCACACCGUUGACAAGCCGUCUGUUGGUGAGUUCUUCACCUACUUUGGAGAAUGGCGCCAUGGGAAGAUCCUCUUCGCCACGUGCGCGUGUUGGUUCCUCUUGGACAUUGCCUUUUACGGCAUCAACCUGAACCAGAACGUCGUCCUAGAGUCGAUGGGCUUCGCCGGCAAGGACGGUACUCCGUGGCAAACCCUGUUCAGAAUCGGCAUCGGCAACGUGAUAGUGACUGGGCUUGGUUUUUUGCCCGGCUACUACGUGACCAUCUUGACGAUUGAAAAGCUUGGAAGAAAGUGGAUCCAGAUCCAAGGAUUUCUGCUGGCCGCUCUCUUCCUGGGCAUUCUUGCGGGCAAGUUCUACACUCUGAGCACACCGGCGUUCGUCGCGAUGUUCGCGUUGCUUCAAUUCUUCUUUAAUUUCGGAGCCAAUGCCACGACAUACUGCUAUCCGGCGGAAGUCUUCCCUACCCGUUUCCGUGCGCGAGCUCACGGGGUUUCAGCUGCGUGUGGCAAAAUUGGCGCGAUCGUCUCGGCCCUCGCCUUCAAUACCCUUACGAAUAAGAUCGGCACGCCCGCAGUGUUGUGGAUCUUCUUCGGAUGCUGUAUUUUCGGAGCAGUCAUCAGCCUGCUGCUACCCGAAGUGCGCGGUCGCGAUCCUGACGUUGUUUAUGCUGAAGAACAACGAAAUCAACAUUGA